UUUCCUUCGAUUUCCGGUUCGCAAGAGCUUUGGUCUACACGUAACAGGUUAUUAACCGUGCAGCGAACUGAUGCGGUUUGUACUAUUGUGGCUUUUUUGCAACCUACUCUUUGCAAGGAAUUUGUUUGUGUUUUACCUAGAAAAUGGCUCCAACGCACGUACAUUUGCUGUUAAACCAGCUGCCGGAAUACUUUGAUAGCUCGGUAACGAUGGAGCAUAUUGACGCUAUGUGCGAUGUGGGGGACACCGGUGAAUCUGAGCCUGAAGUUCCUAAAGCUGACCUGCGAAGCAUUCCCAUGGUGCAACGUGCGAUACACGAUUCGGCGUUGCUUGAUCUGAUGCGCGACAUGAUUCGAGAGGUUGAAAAUAUACGCCGCACCGCCGGUUUGUAUGAUCAGUACGAUAAUUGGCAAUAUUUAUCGAAAAAGUUGAAUAUCGAGCAUUUCCAAUGCUUCAUUUACGCAAUGAUUUGCCUCGCUGAGCUCCACCCAACGAACGGGACCCAUCGGAACCUUGCCAUCUGUGCGGCAAGACUGUACAUAGUGUUGCUGAGCACGCCCGGACAGAAGCAAACGACAGUGUUCGACGAACUCGUCUUUGCGAAGAGUUUAGACGUGUUUAAGCUCAUCAAUCGACUUUACGACCCCGGAAAGGCGGAUGCCGGAUCUCACGGAAGACUGAAGGUGACGAACGAAGUCGGUCAUCUGAUAGUAGAUUACAUAUCCAUCCUGGAAGAUUUGCAGCUUUUGCUUCGCUGCAUGACACUGAAAAAUUGUCAAUCUUCGAAGCAUAAGCUGGUCGAAACGUUUAAGCAACUGCUGAUUUAUUGCAUAAAGCAUGCGCCAAAUCGCCCCGAUGCAGAACAAAUGGCAGAAAACAUAUUCGCAACGCUAGCCAUGAUUUGCCUGCCCGAGCAUGACGAUCACAACCAAUGCACGACAACCAUUAGCAUGAUCUUGAACAAAACAGCCAUAUUUUAUACCGCGGAGUAUAAGAAUGCAGCGUUGGCCUUUCACGUGCAAAACGUGUUCUUGCGACUGCUGGAGCAAAAUCCCCAAGACACGUGUGAAGUGUUGUCCAACUUCAUCAAAUCAGUGCUAACGAACCCGCCCACAGUGUUCUCGCGUCCCGACGACUACGCCACCCUGUUGGACACGGCGGUACGCUAUGAGCUUGUCAUGUACAGGAAAUGUAACGUUUCCAUUGUCGGUUUCCUGAAACAGAUAGAGGCGCAUGCGGAGGCUAGCACUCGCAUAAAUGCUGUAGAAAUGAUAUCGAAACUAGCGAUGGUCGACUGUAGCGUCGAUUGGGAGUUGUUCCAGUCGGAGAUAUCGAAUGUGCCGCGGGAAAUUGAAUUGAUUAAAUUACUGCAAACCAAGCUGCUCGAAAAGGCCAACACGGUAAAGCUGAAGGCAUUUCAAUGUUUGCUGAAAAUCCUUCAAAAUGGUAACAAAACAAUGAAGCAAAUAUUUCACGACGCGUUCUACUCCGCCAAUGCAGAUGAAGACGAAAGAAACUAUCUGCAGCUGAACGAUGUUGAGGAGCUUUUCCGAACAGCUGAGCUCGAGCUCGGCAUUUCCCGAGCAGCGCUCAACUUUGCUAACCAUUCACCGUCUCCCAUGGCGAAGGACUCGGCGUCUUCCGGUGGUGCAAAAACGAUUGACAAAGCUCCCACAACGAGUCAAAAGCUAUCAUCCGAUGUGCCAGGUAUGGAAACGAUCGAAGAGAUUCUAGCAUCCCUCCCGAACACGAUUUACGAUGGAGCGCUAUCGCCAAUCUCGGCAAUCAGGCGCGUGGCAUUGUCCUGCCUGGAGUGCAUACUGGAGCUGAACAGAGACCGUAUCGAUGAACCAAUAUUCGAUCACAUCAUUACCAGGCUGGCGAAGGAUCCGGUCAUGCUGGUGCGCCGUACCACGCUGAAUGUGCUCAACAAGCUAAUCGCACUGUACCCGAACUAUUUGCCGCUCAUCAAGCUGUGGUCCAAAUGUUUGCUCUUCUUCCUGGACGACGUUGACCAAAAGCUGAAGGAAUCGGCCAUGGAGAGCCUGAAAGCGAACGUGUUCGAUAACAUCUGCCGGUACGAAGAUUCCUCGUCCCGCAAAGUGUUUACACCGUGGAUGAUCGUACGCUCCAUACUGGUGAUCGGGAAGAUAAACGUGCUUAAAUCGGCCGUCGACUCCUGGAUACAGAAAUCCAUUUUAACCACCAAAAACCUCAGCAUCAUAGAGUCGCACAUCUUCACGGUGAACUGCAGCGAAGCAUGGAUCAUCCUGGCGAUUAUAGCAAACAAAAUGAAGUCCAAGAAUCCGGACCUGGUCAUAAAAACGAUGAACGAUAUACUGCAACAGGAUACGUACAACUCCCCAAUAUGUCUGCAGUACAUCCUGUCCGUGAUCAAAUCUUGGCUAUCGGACUUUACCAGACCCGGCCUAAAUCAGUUGUUUAAAAUAUUGACCGAUUUGCUGCGCACUGGCAGCACAAACAUAUCACUCGUGAGCGACAUUUACAGUCUGUGCUGCAUGAUAAAGGAAAAGGCAGAUGGCAUGAUAGACGAGGCGUGGAUUGCCGGGAUACGAGAUAGCAGCGCGGAGUACCUGCUGCACUUUCAUUCGCACUACGAAAGUGCGCACGUGGCCAACGAACGUUACUUGAUCAGCUUGCUCGUGUACGCGGAAGCCGCGACCGAUUUGAACAACCGGCCCGACAUUAACAUUCUGCAGAUACUGUUAAAGUAUUUGGCUCGCAUUGCUGCCGAUGAAAGCUUUUUACUGGUGCAAACCAAUCAGACGCGCAAAAUUAACGUUACCAUAAUAGUGCUAGCACGGUUUGGACUCCGUGAUGGAACGCUGGCCUCGACGGUGAUUGCGGAUUUUAACCGGAUACUAAAGUUUAAAACCAUUCAUCAGAGUAUUUUGUGUACGCUAAUAACGGCAUUUGCCGAUUUGUGCAAAAGACACACGUCGCUGGUGGAUUCAUCGAUUUCAACCGUCAUCGGACAGCUUAGCUCGCAGUACCUGGCUGUGCGAAGCGUUGCGUUGAACAAUCUUAACGAGCUGAUUCUGCAAGACUAUGUGAAGAUGCGUGGCACCGUACUGUUGAACAUUCUGAAGCUGAUCAUCGACGAGGACGACCAUAUCGCCGCACAAGCGUUCUACGUGAUACAGCUGUACGUUAAUUCGAAGAAUGAGAAGCUGCUGAAAGUUUCCCUGCUCGAGUGUGUGUACGUGUUCAACAACUAUUUGAAAUACGCAGAACACGACAUGUUCCCGGCGUCGGAAAUCGACAACGAAGAAUGCGAUUUGGCCGGCAGUGACGAAAGCUCGCGACAGAAGCGUUGUGCCAUUUACGAUUUCUUCGUAGACAAUAUAGACGACAUGAGUUUGCUGAAGCUGCUGAAGAAUGUGAACAAAAUCCAUCAACAGCUUUCGAAAGGCAGAUAUGUCGAGUGUUCGCAGGGUGUCGCUACGCUCAUCGAUUUAAUCUACGUAUUUAAAUGCAUGUGCGGGGUGCGAAGCCGCGAUAAGGCCAAACUGUCCAAGGGCGCUGGAACGAUUGGGAACGGGGACGAUACAAAUGCCGAUGGGGACGAGGGGCCCUCGGUGAAAAGAUCCCGACUAAAAGCGGCACAUACGCAGAGCGAGACUGAAAUGACAACGAUUGUGGAAAAAAUGAUAGCAGUGUAUUACAGCUUUCAGCAGGAAGUGCGCAAAUACGUUCAAAAGCUGGAACCGCGGCAAAUGGAGCUGGUAGAGAAGCGGUUGGAAGAGCUGGCGCUGACCAUUGCCGGAAACUUUCGGUCGUUGGUAGAGUUUGCCAAACCGAUGAACUUUUGGCGAUCCUUGCUCAAGCUCGUCGACAGUUCAAAAGAUGGUAGGCGAAAGCACGGCAGAAAAUCGUCCGGCAAAACGAAAUCAGACGCAGAGAGUGCAGGUGACAGUGACGAAGAAGAUGAAAUUGCCGACGAUGUGUUGGAUUUGGAAGGUGAUUGAGUUUUGCAACGGGCUGAUAAAUAUCGACAAUAAACACGGCGCCUUUUGUUUGCACAGUAA